AUGGGCAGCGCUGGUGGAGGCCGCUGGGCCUGGGGGCACCUGGUGCUGCUGCUGGGUCUGUGCAUCUGGACAGCAGCUGGAGCUGGCCCCAACCCUGUCAGGAACCUCAUGGCUGAGAGCCAGACCAACAGCUCCGGCACUCUGAGCUGGGAGGACCCCAAGGGCCCAGCCAACGCUGCCUACACCUACCGUAUCAAGUGGACUGAACAUGAUGUCACAGACAUCACGGACACCACGUACAAGGUGGAGGGCCUACAGCCCGCCUCUCAGUACAGUUUCUCGGUGUGGGCAGUGAGCAACUGUCAGGAGAACACAGCGGAGAUCGUCACUGCGUCCACAGACCCCAACCCUGUCAGGAACCUCACGGCUAAGAGCCAGACCAACAGCUCCGUCACUCUGAGCUGGGACGUCCCCGUGGCCCCAACCAACGCUGCCUACACCUACUGGAUCAAGUGGACUGGACAUGAUGUCACAGACAUCACGGACACCACAUACAAGGUGGAGGGCCUGCAGCCCGCCUCUCAGUACAGUUUCUCCGUGUUUGCGGUGAGCAACGACCCCAACCCUGUCAGGAACCUCUGGGUUGGGAACUGGACCAGCAGCCCCAUCACUCUGGGACAUCCCCCAGGGCCCGGUCAAUGUAUCCUACACUACUGGGUCAACUGGACCCGACCGGAUGGCACAGACCCCAACCCUGUCAGGAACCUCACGGCUGAGAGCCAGACCAACAGCUCCGUCAGUCUGUGCUGGGAGGACCCCGGGGGAAUGACCAGUACACACUACACCUACCUGAUCAAGUGGACCGGACACCCCAACCCUGUCAGAAACCUCAGGGCUGAGAGCCAGACCACCAGCUUCGUCACUCUGAGCUGGGAGGAUCCUGAGGGCCCGACCAACGCUGCCUACACCUACCGUAUCAAGUGGACUGAACAUGAUGUCACAGACAUCACAGACACCACAUACAAGGUGGAGGGCCUGCAGCCCGCCUCUCAGUACAGUUUCUCAGUGUUUGCAGUGAGCAGCAGUCAGGAGAGCACAGCAGAGAACGUCACUGCAUCCACAGCUCCCAAUGAGGUCAUGAAUCUCCACAACGAAACACAAACCAACAACUCAAUCACACUCACCUGGGAGGCUCCCAGUGACCCCCACGCUCAGCUCUACAUGUACCAGGUCCAGUGGGCCAGUGGGGCACAAAGCCAGCAGGAGCAAACGAAUGGCACCUCCUAUAGGGUGGAGGGCCUCGAACCCGGGACUCUGUACAACCUCAGCGUGAGGGCAGAGAGGAACAAUGUCACCAGCGCCACACGGAGCCUCAGAGCUUCCACAGCCCCAGACCCCGUCCGCAUCUCCUCUUGCACCAGCGCCUCUGGGGGCCACGGGCUGGCCCUGACCUCUCUAUGUCCCCGGGGCGGCUUUGAGACCUUCCUGCUGGAGGUCAACGGGCAGCGGAUCUCCCUGGACAAUUCCUCCUGCGAGCGGGAAGUGGCCGUGUGGGGACUGCAGCCAGCUCGCUUCUAUGUUGCCAGCGUCCAGACCUUCUGGGAUGGGAUGGUGGCCCCAGGGUCCUCUGUGACCUGUAACACCUCGAGUGUAGGGGUGAUCGCCGGAUCCGUCAUUGGGGUGCUCCUGGCCAUAACCCUGGUGGGCGUCCUGCUGUUCUUCCUGAAGCGCAGGAGGAGUGAGAAACAACCAGCGACCCGGAACCAGGUGUUCAGCUUCCGCAAAGACAUCCAUGCUGCAGACUUCGCCAAGCAUGUGAGGGGAAAGGAGAAGGACAGCAACUGGGGCUUCGCGGAGGAUUACCAGCUCUUGGACCAAGAGAACCAGCUCGAGCCGCUUCAGAUGGUGGCCUUGGCUCCAGAAAACCAGAGCAAGAACCGAUACAGAAAUGUGCUGCCUUAUGACUGUGCUCGGGUAUCCCUGAAGCUGCUCCCUGGGGAACCAGGCUCCGACUACAUCAAUGCCAGCUUCAUACCUGGUCUCAAGAAAGCCCAGGAGUUCAUCGCCACGCAGGGCCCCCUGCCUCACACCGUGGAGGAUUUCUGGCGUCUGGUUUGGGAGCAGCAGAGCCACAUCCUGGUCAUGCUGACCAAUUGCAUGGAGUUGGGCCGGGUGAAGUGUGAGCAUUAUUGGCCACUGGACAACAAGCCCUGCACCCAUGGGCACCUCCAAGUGACGCUGGAGCACGAGGAUGUAAAGGAGAACUGGACCAUCAGGACUCUGAUACUCCACCAUACGCAGGAGCAGAAGAAGCUAGAGGUGUGGCAGUUUCAUUACAUGACAUGGCCGGACCACGGCGUGCCCCACUGCCCCAACCCCUUGCUGGAAUUCAGGAAUCUCUUCCGCGAGCAGCUGGAACAUUUCUCCGAGGGCGGCCUGCCAGUCGUGCACUGCAGUGAUGGCGUGGGCCGCACGGGCACCUUCAUUGCUCUGGAUGUCCUGCUGCGGCAGCUGGAGUGUGAGGGCCGCGUGGGGCCCUUCCAGUAUGUGAAGAAGAUGAGGGGAAGCCGGCCGCUGAUGGUGCAGACUGAGGCCCAGUACGUGUUCCUGCACCAGUGCAUCCUGCGCUUUCUCGAGCAGUCUUCGCCCAUCUAUGCCGAGGACUUGUACGAGGAUAUGAUCUACGAGAACGUGGGUGCCCUGUAG